GAGAAAACGGCAGUGGGGAUAGAUCCAGCUGGCAGCCACAGCUGGGGACAAGAACAUUAGUUUCGCCACUUUCCCAAAUUGCAUGCUUAUUCAGCAUCUUUCUGUGUAUGGGCAGAUUCCAGGGCCCACAGGUACAUCUGGUCCACCAGAGUAACUACUUAAGGAAUUGGUUCUAGUUGACGCAUCAUCCUCCAAAAGUUGGGUUAGCUCAAGGAAACCUGUCCCACUCCAGAAAUCUAUGUCAAGACCAAGUGUUUGGAAGCCCAGAGCUCAGGACAGCGAACUGCACCGUGUCCCCACAUCCUUGUUCUGCAUCUCCGCACUCUGUCCAUCUGAACAGGCCAGAGAUGCAGUCCUCCUGAGAUGCAGUCCUCCUGACAUGCUAUGCUUGCUUCUGUUCCGCACAGCCUUGGAGACUUGGCUUAGCUUCACUCCUUUCCCCCUGCCCAUCUCUGAGCUCCUAGAGAGCUGCCUGGUCUUGUGGCCCCUGCUCCCAGUGGAGUGUCAUAGGUGUCCAGUAACUGUUUAUCAAAUCAAUGAAUGGAUGGAAAAAAAAGAUGAGGUUGAAAUUGCCUAAUGAAUUUCAGAACAGAAAGCCCAUUCUUUUUUUAAAAAAACAAAACUUAUUUUUUAUUUGUUUUUUUUUCAUUUUAUCUCUGAUUGUUUAGCAAGCUAUGUUUUUGGGUUUUUUUGGUUUGUUUAUUUUUUGUUUUGUUUUAAGACCAGGUCUUACUAUACUGCUCAAGCUGGUCUUGAACUCCUGUGAUCUCUUGCCUCAGCCUCCUGAUCAGACUGUGAGCUCUUGGAAGUCAGAAACUACAUUUCGCUUGUGUCAGUAAACAGAGAUUAGCAAAGAGCUUUGCACACAGUGGGUGCUGAAAUAGUGACUGACCGAAUGAAUUUCAAAUUGAGGUGAGAACAAUGCACAGGCAGCCACACACGUUUUUCUGUUUCCUCAAUAUUUUUUGUUCAUGGGAAGCCAGGUGAAAAAUCCAUUUCUUGUUGUUGGUUUUUAAUGUGCCUGAAUGUUUCUGCAGGCCCGCUUGGCCGUGUGCUCCAGCAAGCAGGCUCCCAUUGCAUUAGCUGAGGUUCUGAAAGGGCCCUGGGAAAAAGCACAGCUGCCACGGCUCCCUGAUUGUACUUGGUCCUCAUAAAACCGGGACUGUGAUGGCAUUAGCAGUUCUCUGAAGGGGGACAGUCGUAGUGUUUUGUGUGCUGUACAGCCCAACAAGGCAUCUGGGCAGGUGAGGGGUACAGGAGAGUUCACUGAGGCUGCCCAGCUGAGCUGCACCUCUAACCUCAUUAACUUCUCCCAUGAGUGGGUUAGAUUGACCCUCAGUAACAACUAGGUUCUCCUGCACAGUGAAAAGAAUCCCCCCAUCAUUGUCCUACCUCCAGAGGAAAUGGGUUCACACGAGCAAAGAGGAGGUUCUCAGUUAGGACUAAGAGGGAAGCCUGAGUGUUUUAGUAAUUCUUUUCUCCUUUAGAGUGGGACUGUGUUUAUCAAAGAAGAGAAAUACAUCCUCUGUGUUGCACAUGUGUUGGGAGCCGCGUCUGUGAUAGCUCGCCUUGCGCGGCGGACGUGCGGCCUGUGGUAAAGAGCAAAGCCUGAGGUAGAUUACCCCUCCCAUCGAAUAUGUUAGUUUCCUGCUUACCGCGUAAACAACCCGCUCAACAAUAUAGUCUGCCUGGCAACUGAUGAUGUUAGCCAAUCAGCUUGCCUUGCUUACUUUAACAUGAUUGGACACUGUACCCGUAUAUAUACCGGUGCCACCCCUGGGCGGAAGAAGAAGCCAGGUAGAAGCCCAAAAGUAAAAGCCCAAAAGGAGCCGCGGAGAGCGGACCGGUAGAGGCUUUGGGGCAGACUGAAGCACAAAAGGAGCCGCGGGGAGCGGACCAGAGGAGGCUUCAGCUGGGAGAACCCAGGGCAGGCUGUACGGAGAAGGAAAAUAAAAAGAAAAGGUUGUCCACUACCAGACUUUGUCGUGUGUCCUUCCUGCCGGCCGGGAGCGGACAUCGACAUUUGGAGGCCCGCCCGGGGACUGAUCACCCCCGAGACGUGGAAGUGGACAACGCUCCAGUACAGAGCUGCGAGACAGGUGAGUUGGGGAUAAGCCUGGGCUCUGGGUGGCGCGCACCUACAGGGCUUUUAGACUCCCCUCAGGCUCACGCGUAAGUGGCGGAUUCCUUGGGCCUCACGCGGUGAGUAACAUAUUAAAAGAUGGGAAACAUGUUAGGUAGCAACACUAAGAGCGAGGGUGGUUGUGGAGAAAGCUCUCAAGAGCUUACAAAAGUACGCAGGGUAUCUGAGCAGGCCCAGUCAGGGAGCUCCCGAGAGGGGUCCGUCAAGGGGAACAAGGAUGCUAAGGAGGAGGACGGGGCUCUAGCCUCGGAGUCGUCUGACUCCGAGGACGAGGGAAAGUUGAAUGGCAAGGAGGCCAAAGAGACCAGCUGUCAGGAGCCUAAAUCGCUCAAUAAGGAGUCGCAGGGUUCUUUUCCAGCGUUGCCCCGCGAAUUGCGCUCUGCUCAACCUGGUCUGCGGAGGAGUAGAGAGCUCCUGAGCGCUCCCCGGCGCGAGAGGGAGGCGAUCCCUCGCCACGAGGCGGCCGCCUGGGAGCUCCCUCCCCUUUCGCCAGAACAGGAAGUGAUGCACGGGCCCCCAUUUUCCGCCCAAUCACGGCCGCCGUCUUAUGCUCCGCCGCCGGCGGGUCGGUAUUUUUACAGGCGGCUUUGGCAGGGGGGACGCUUGUCUCAUGAGGUACAUCCACCUGGGAUAGAUAGUGGCCCCUACGGGAUGUUUCCUGUACAAGUAGCUAUGGGCCAGGGACACAAUGUAUGGGAGCCUUUUGAGAUAAAGCAGAUUAGAGAACUUAAAAAUGCAGUUACAACCUUUGGGCCGACUGCGCCUUACACCAUUGCCAUGCUGGAGAAUCUGUCUUCUGGGCCCCUCACCCCCGCGGACUGGAUUCAGCUGGCAAAGGCGUGUCUGCCCUCGGGCAGUUACCUGGAUUGGCGAGCCUGGUACGCAGAGUUCUCUGCAGAGCAGGCUGAGAGAAACGCCAAUCGGGGAAACCGGGGGUGGAACAAGGAAAUGCUUAUGGGAGAAGGUCGGCACGCUGAUGACCAAACCCAGUUCCCCGGCGCUGUCUAUGAACAAAUCAAUGCCAUAGGGCUCCGCGCCUGGAAACAGGUAAGUGGUGCCGGAACAGCCUCCUUGUGUCUUUCAAAAAUAAUUCAGGGUACCACAGAGCCAUUUGUUGACUUUGUGGCCCGAAUGCAAGAUGCUGCCGAUAAGAUAUUUCCUGAUCCGGGAGUGGCUCAACCGCUGGUAAGACAGCUGAUUUUUGAGCAAUGUACAAAGGAGUGCAAGGCAGCGAUAGCUCCUCAUAAGAACAAGGACCUCAACGCCUGGAUUAGGAUAUGCAGAGAGAUAGGGGGGCCGCUCUCCAACUCGGGAGUGGCUGCUCUCCUGGCCGCGGCUGUACAGCAGAGGGGACCUCGCGGGUUAGAAGGGGAAUGUAAGGCUAAAGGGUGUUUUGCCUGCGGGGAGCCAGGACACAUUAAACGUCAUUGCCCAAACAAUGCAGAUGCUAGGCCUCGCCCUAGGAAUGAAGAACCAUAUGUUUGUGGGCGAUGCAAAAAGGGAUCACACAAAGCUGAGGAGUGUAGGUCGGUCUUUGAUGCUCAGGGCAACCGUAUUUGUGGACAAGAUGCUAGAGAGCCAAAAAACGGCCAGAGGGGGCCCCCUUCACAGGCGGGCCCCCGCCCCAGAGACAGGACAGCUCAGGGUGGCAGCCUUCAACAAGGGCCACCCCUGGGUCAGCAGGUGUGGACCUCAGUGUCGCCUCCAGACUUAUACAGAAGGUCACCAUUAGGACGGGUGGCGUUAGGACCCUAA